AGUCCGCCUACACCACUCUGCCUUUCUCUCAGUCUCUCGUACUUGUCAGCACAAUUAGCUCCGUCGCUUCUUGAAAGAAAUGGCGUCCAAAACCCUAAUUCGAACCGGAGCUUCUCUGAUGAACCGGUUCCUAUCAAAACCACUGCUCCACCCGAACCCGAAUUCGACUCACCAGAACCAGAUUGUAUCCCACGCCCUCGAAAUCACUCCCAAGCUAUUCCCCUCUCUCUCCAACUUCGACACCUCCCUCCGUUUUCCCCAAAACGACGCCGGAUCGAUCACAAGGGUCUUCAAUGAGGGCUUCGUGCACCCUUGCGGCCUCCCUUAUCUCCCGCUCAUCUUACCUGAAGGAGAUGACUCUUCAUCUAAUGAGCCAAUGAUAUUAUUUCCGAAGCGGACAUUCCAGCCUAGUACUAUCAGGCGUAAGAGGAACCAUGGCUUUUUUGCUCGCAAGGCAACCAAGGGUGGACGGAGAGUAAUUGCUCGAAGAAUAGCAAAGGGUCGAGCAAGAAUUACAGCUUAGCAUCUCUUUCCCCGGCAUAUUGUCAUUGAUCAAAAGAGCGAUAAUCUAGUUUAGAAGCUCAUAUUUAUCUUUGGAGCUUGUAGUUGCUCAUAGCCUCGAAGUACCCAGGCUUUUUUUUUUGAAUUUUUCAUAGAUCUUUUUGUUACCUCAGUAUUUCAUACUGUUUGUGAGUUUUUGUUUGGCCUUAUUUCAGAGGUCGUGCAGAGCUGAUUUGUAAUUUUGUACUAUCAACUAUCCAAUCCACUCACAAUUCAAUA